GCGAAAUUGUUGAGAGGUUGCUAGGAGACCACUGCCAACACACUGGAGCUGAACGAUGUCGACUAGUUACUCUGCAAACCAGUAUGAUAGCGCCUUUAAGUCGCAAAAGCUCCAGAACUGGACCAUCCCAAAACAUUUCAAAGAGAGACCAGCAGCAGCAGAAGGCCACACUGCAUUUAUAGCCACAGACCGUGGCCACCUUCUACCUGGUGUGAGAACAAAGGGUGGAAGUCCAUGGCCAGCAUUCCAAGGCACAUGGGAUUUACCUCGGUAUAUCCCUCCUGCUUCUUUAAACCCCACUGCCCGUUCACAAGAGGGCCAGGAUCGCCUCAGGACCUGGGGACAGAUGAAAUUACCCAAAAACCAGACUUAUGGACCCUCUGGUGGCAUCCAGGUUACAAACAGAACCGUUAACAACCUGGAAAACAUAAAAGUGGAGCAGCCUGCAGAAGAGACAAAAAUGCCAAUGAAUGACAUAGACCCAGAUGAACUAGAAAGGCCCAAAUCACAGCACAGCCAAGACCAGUCUAGACCAACAAGCCAGCAGGUUCAGUCUAACCCCGUAAACCUUCCUGAAAACCAAGCUCAGUCUAGACCAGGUAGUCAUCACAGCCAACAGGCUCCAUCCAGACCAGCCACUCAAGAGAGCCAAGCGGAGUUAAGACCACCAACCCAGAACAGCAGACCAGCAUCUCAGCAGAUAUAACACCAUUUAUAAUCAGAUCCCCUGCAUGGGCAGUUAUAAAAGUUGUUCCAUGAAAUGGCAUUACGUAAGUCUAACACUUCUUUGAAAAGCAUUAACACAUCAACUGAAUUGUUUCAUUGAAGCGAAAGCUGAUUAAUUUUACUACAUGGCUUUUGUAAUGGAAUCUGCUUAGAUGAAAUACUGAUAUCUAUAUAUCAAUUAUAUUCUUUAAAAAAGAAAAACAGCACAA